GAGAGAGAGAGAGAGAGGGAUAUAGAACUUAGAAAUUUAUAGGGACGACGAGGAACCCACCUUCAAUUCAUCCAUGUCUGCUAGCUUUCUAGAAAACCAAGCUGUAGAGAGAGAGAGAGAGAGAUAGAAUCACAGGGGCCGGGGACUCAAGUUUCUGAGAAGUAGAGACAAGUGGGAAAGCUCCUCAGAGAAGAAGGGGAAGUGAGUGGAAAAGAAAAGAUAAAAAAACAAAGCAUCUAAUGGAGAAGAUGAUGAAAAGAGAACAAAUUUAUCAAACACCUUCAGUUGUGGCUACAACAAGGAGGUUGCCUUCUGAUUCUGGUGGUGCUUUUGCUGACUGGUCAGCCACUCCUCCAUCCUCCUCCGCUGCUGCCACAAUCCCCGGCCACGCCUCCGACCUCUCCCUCGGCUUCAAUGCUGCCUCCGCCGGAAUGUGGCCCGGCGCUUCUUCCGCCAGGCCAAUCAGCUAUAGCCACGUGGCGUCCGACAUGGUUGGCCUCCGCGAUGUUUUCCUGGUGGCUCCGGCCUCCUCCUUCAACCACCACAGCGAAAGUCUCAUGCCAGAUCCGCACUUGAACAGUUCCAACAACCCCGUAACCGCCCUCGGCGUUGGCAUGAUCCCUCUCCUCGGUGGUGGAAUUCAGUUAUGGCACGACCAACAGCAACAACAACAGCAUGAGCAGAAUUAUUUGAAGAAACACGCUCUUGUUGAGCACGAUAACGGUGAUGGUGGCGGUGGAGGGAUUACGGCGUUAGUUGCAACCAGCGGCGGCGGGACGGCCACGUGUCAGGACUGCGGGAACCAGGCGAAGAAGGAUUGCGGACACAGGAGGUGCAGGUCGUGCUGCAAGAGCAGGGGUUUUGAUUGCCCUACUCACGUGAAGAGCACGUGGGUUCCCGCGGCGAGGAGGCGGGAGCGGCAGGUUAUGGCGGAGAGGGCGGCGGCUGCGGGGUCCAGCGCUUCCACUUCCGGUCACGCUAAGAAGCCUAGGCUUGUUGCUUCACAGACCACAACCACCACUACAACCUCUCACACUUCCACUUCCAACACCACUCCCCCUAGGAGCUUUGAAACUAGCUCUAGCCAUCAAGAUGUAAGUUUCAAAGAGUCGUUGCCUCGUCAAGUGCGUGCACCGGCGGUGUUCAAGUGUGUUCGAGUGACGGCGGUGGAUGGUGGCGAAGAUGAGUUUGCCUAUCAGGCAAUGGUGAAGAUUGGUGGACACUUGUUCAAAGGGCUUCUUUAUAAUCAAGGGGUUGAGAAUAGAGAUGGUUAUCCUGAUCUAUCUGAAUUGCAUUUAGGUGGUAGAAAUGGGGUUUCAUCUUCAUCUCCAAUGAUGAAUCCUUCUUUUGAUGUUUAUGUAGCUUCAGGUAGUGGUGGGUUUCUUGGAGGUUCAUCAACCUAUGGUAACCCAAUAUAGACUAAUUAUUUCUUCACAUGUUGUAGUUGUAGCCUAAUUAGGGUGGGGUUUAUUAUAUAAUUAAUUUAUAAAUUAAUGUUGUUCUAAGCUUGUAUCUUAUCACAUAAGUCAUUGUCUGCAUUUUUCAACUCCUUGGCUUUUGAUCUCUCUUUUCUCUAAUCCAUCUCUAAUUCAUCUACCCUUGUGCUCUGUACUAAACUUUCUCCAUGGACUUUAGCAUGAGAAGUGGUUGUUACGUCACCAUCAAUAUGUGGUGGUCAUUGUCAAUUUGCCAUCCUAGUUUAUUGGUCACAACACAUCUCACUGAUGCGUAUACAGCCUGCCAAGCUUCUGUAUUCAUGAAGCCAUGAAGUGCUCUAUUUUUCUCUUGUUCUUAUGUGGAAAUUCGAUCUUCUAAGCUCCAAUGCUAUUUUAGGCUCAGUUCUCCAUGUGUAUAAUAAUAUUCUAAUCAAUGCUGCGUUUUGGGGCUCAAUGCACAUGAUGCUUUUACCUAAACCAGCAUUGUCUGCAUUCUCCACAGUUUCAUUCUUUUGCUUUGCUGCUA